AUGGGCCAGGCUCAGACUAGCACUUUCGCGGUAGGUGCGCCUCCUCCGUUUUUCGAAUGGGACGCUCCGCGCAAAGACAAGAAGAACGCGAAGGGGAAGGUCAAGGAAGGGUACGAGGGGAAAGCGAAAGGGGUCAGGCAGUACCUGUGGGAGCGUGGGUGGUGGAAGGACGGCAUGUCAACAGGGGCGGGAGUCCGUGACGAUAUGCACGUGGAAAAGGUUCUGCAAGCCUUGCCUGACUUUAAGAAUGAGAGGACAGCCCUGCAGCACCUGGUAGAGAGUAGGGGACACAUUCUUUUGUCGUCUCCGAAGUGUCACCCGGAGGUAGCGGGGGUAGGGAUCGAGUACUCGUGGGGGUUUUCGAAGCCGAAGUUUCGGCGGAAGAUCGAUGAUGAGGUCCCGAAGCACUUGCACGACAACAUCGAAAAGUCGCUGUGCAUAGACAAGUACUUGACAAUCGGUCGGGUGCGGCGCUUUGCCCGGCGAACACGAGACUACUGCCGGGCUUACCGCGAGAUUGCGCUUCGCGGGGUAGUCAUCAGGAACAAGGAGUUCAUCGAGAAGAUGCGCAAGAUCCAAAAGGCCCACCGCAACAUUUUGGACAUGGAAACUAGUUUUCUUGGCGACCAGUAACAACGUCGGCCGGCCGAUGGCGAGGGGGGGGCGUCUCGAGUUGNUUUUUUUCUGUAAGAUUAACCGGUGCGAGAAGUUGUGUGUGUGUGUUGAUGAGUCUGUCAGUUUGAACGUUGUUUUUAGAUAAGCGGGUGUUUUUGAACCGCUGUCAAUCAAUGAACGAAGUGUUUUUUUUUAUGUACAAAGAAACGUCAACUUUUUUGUGCGAUUUGUGCAAAACAUUUGUCAUGCGUUUUUGGAGCGCUUACCUUCAGAUUACAACCUCUUGCAUGUAUGUGUGUCACGUCAUUACGAUCGAUAAGCACCCACACCUACCUGUCCAACCAAAGGGGUACAGUCAGCAUCUGUGCGCCUCUUGCCAUCAGGCCGCUUUCGCGCCCCUUUUCUCGGGCUGUAAGGCCUUCAUUUUCCUACACAAUUUCCGCCCCUGCACCCAGGUAUCGAGGUCAUGACGCAAUUUGCUAUUUCCGAGCCGGUUUUUACGAAUUGGAACCUGAAAUUUUGAUAUGUGAUUAGGAGUGGUCUUACAAAUGCCCCCGAGUGAGAUGCCGUUUUUUUUUUUUAAGCCACAAAAACCCCUAUGCUAGGAUUCUC